AUUCUUUUAUUAAAACUUCUCAGGGCCGGACUUUGACAUCCACACAGCCAAUGCAAUCUUUUCUAAUGCGUAAAUAAAAAGAUCUCUCUCAGAUUUCGCAAGUUCCUCCUUAAUUUUGCACAUGAAGUGACUCUCUAGCGCCAAAUGGUACUCAUACAAGAUAAGGUAUCGUCAGAGAUGUCCGACGAAGAGUCAUUUGUGAUCCUGGGCUCCAGCCCUACAGCUUCAAUUGAAAAUCUGGCACGUUCGUAUGCCACAGAAACAGCCACAGGAGAUUUUUCAUCCCUCCCGGAAAAUUCACAUACCCCGGACGUGGUUGAUGCCAAAAUGCCAUCUCUGGAAUCGCAGGAAGGUGCUGUGGGCGGAAUGGUGCCAAAGGAGGAGUCUCUGAAAGUUAGCACAGCGUCAUCUGAUGCAAUCGACAGUGUUAAAAUGAAAAUAGAAGCUCCCAAGGCCGAAGAAGCGAGUCUCACACCGCCCAACUUCCAGCUGAAUUCCAUCGUUAGUCAGGCAUCUCUUGUGAAUUGGCCUACCCAAUCUCAAGCACCGCCAUCGCUGUCAACGAGUCACUUCAACAUCUACAGCGAAUUCCCCAGCAUGAGGGGGCAAAAUAUCGCCUCAUCUGACAUCUCCAAGCUUGAAAACUUCUACUGUGAACACAAUCAGCUAAAAGAGAAUCUACUCAACUCAAAUAAAUGCUUGCGUCAAUAUUUUGCACUUGCGGAAAAAUGGCAAAACGAAAUCCGGGAAUUCAAGAAGCAGCAGGAUUCAUAUCAGACACACGUGCUUACGGAGAAUGAGCGCCUACGCGGUGUUGUGGAGCAACUUGAGGCACGUCUCCGGGAGGUGGGAACAGAUGCUGGUGCUGUCCAUGCUGAACACAAGCAUUCUAUUGAGGCACUGUGUGAGCAGCACAGCAGGGAAAUCCAGGAGCUCCGUGCACAGCUUGAGGCAGCCAAGGCGAUGCAUUCGGAGGAGGAGCGAAAAAACUCUGCUGAUGCGGAGAUCAAGUUGCGGCAGGAGGUGGAACAGUUGCAGUUUGCAAUGGGUGAAAAAUUGCGCAUGGCCGAGAUGAAGGAGAGUCAGUGGCAGCAGGAAGUGGCGGGAUUGACGGAGAAGUACACCAUGGAUAUAAAUGAGGUGCGUCAACGAUUGGCACAAGCACAGGCCAAGGUGACAAGCUUGGAGGAGGAAUGUCGGAUUUGGCAUGCUGAGAAUGAUUGCCUAAAGGUAAAUCUCGUGGCAGCGGAGGAGCUGAAUAAGAAGCUGCAGCACGAUCUAGGAGCAGUGAGUCAGAAUAUGGAUCAAAUUGAGGCGUUUAAGAUGCAAGCGGAAAUCUUUGAGAGGGAUUUUGAAGCAGAACGUGCAGCCAGGACGGUGUUGGCGGGUGAGAAGGAGCAACUUCUAGCGGAUCUGCGGCUCUUGCAGAAUCGCCAUGAGCAGCUAAUUGGUGAAAUGGAGGGAAUGCGGAAUCCACGAUCGGGAUACCCACAUCCGGAGUCCCAGAGAACACGCCAAUUUCGCUGCCCCGUCUGUUCGCGGCUUUUCUUGGAUUUGAGCACCUUGAACAGCCACGUCAACGGUUGCCUGGACAAUUCGUAGAGUGGGCCCCAUGGGUGGCCGUUAUUCUUCGAACAUUACAUUUUCAAUUAAAGCGGGAAAUGUGCUCUCGCGGGAUUUCCCGAAGCAUAUUUCAUGUUUAUUAUUUUAAAUUCGAGUAGCAAUCGUUGCGGCACCCGACAGCCCUGUGUCAAAAAUAUUGGCGCACGGCUCAAUAAUUGUUGUGUGAGUGAUUCAAGGAUGCUCGAAUCACGCGUUUUUUCCAUGAUUUUCCUCCAAAUUGCGUGAGAUUCCCCGGAACUAAAGAAAUAUCCGAUUUUAUAAGACUCUCGCGAGUUUCUCUGCGACUCUCUUUGACACUUUUCCUAUAGACAAUUCCACAUUUUUUUUUAUUUUAAUAAAGAUUGUUUCUCUGACGCCCCAAGACGAUUGCACUCGAAACGAACCAUGAUUUCCACAAAAUAUAUUUUACGAAUUAUUUUGACAUUUUAUCCAGGCAAUGGUGGUAUAUAUUCAGCCUAUUAACCAUAGUUUUAGAGCAUUUUUAGUGAUGUAGAGAAAAAGGGGAAAAUUUAACAAAGAAAACCUUUUAAUGGAAACCAAAUUUUUAAAGAGAAUGAAAUGAAAGUCAAAACUUUUCAAAUUUUUCUCUAAAAUGAUUUUUUUCUGAUUUUGAAAGUUUGAAUUGAAAAGAAAAGUAAUAUUUUUAAACAAAUUUUAUUGAGAAAAAGAAGAAUUAAUGAAUCAAAGUUGUAAAAAUAUUUGAAUUUUUAAUCUGUUUUAAAAAUUUCAAAUCAUAAAUAAAUAAAGAGAUUUUAUUAAAAGGAUUGAAAGUAUAUUGAAAGACUGAAAAUUAAGAAGUGAUUCUGAAUGGUUAAAGAGCUGUACAUGAUGAAAGGUAAUUCUUUGCAAAUUUUGUAGAAAAUAAAAAAGAAAAAAAAUGUUUAAAAAAAUAAAAUGAGAAUUGGAAAAGAAAUCAAACCUUUUAGUAUUUGAAAAAUUAGAAAAAAGAAAACAUUUUUAUGUGUUUAAAAUAAAAAGUAAUUAUCCUUUCAAAUUGUUUACCUGUUUACAUCCCCAUUGGUGUAGGCACGAAGCUUCUCCAUCAAAAUGACAAAAAGUGAAUGGAAUUGAAGAUGAAAAAAAUUCUCAGUGAUGAGGAUGCGAAGGAAAAGAAUAAAAGGCUCAAUCACAUUUUGAAUGCUGACAUUUAAUAAUAAUUAUUAUUAUUUACAAAAGUGUAUCCAUCUUAUAUCAAUAAUAUAAAUAUCUUUUCUUUCACUUGCAAAAA